AUGCGACCACUUCGGUUCUGGGCUACGUUCUUACCCUUUGCUAUAAUACUUCUGGGUGACUUAACAUGUGCUCAACAGUCUCUCCCCUCAUGCGCUACACAAUGCCUUACCGACCUUCUUCUUAAGUCAGCGUGUUCCCCUACUGACCAAGCGUGCAUCUGUACGAAUGUGGAUCUCAACGAGGGGUUGAGUAGCUGUGUCUCGGCCAAUUGCACCAUCAAGGAGGGCCUCACCACGCUUAAUGUCACCAAUACUGAAUGUGGAGCACCGAUUAGGGAUCACACCUCUUUAAGUAUUGUGAUCCCAGCUGUCGGUCUGUGCGUCUUGGUGUUCGUUGCUUUGCGAAUAUACACGCGCCUUGUUAUUAAGAAACUCGAAAUUGGCUUAGAUGACUGGGCAACUAUUCUCCUUGGGUGUAUUAUGGUACCAGUUAAUGUCGGCUCGAUAUUGCUUGGAAAAGCUGGACUCGGAAAGGAUAUGUGGACUCUCGAAUUCACUAGCAUUACUCGGAUUCUUUAUCUUUUCUACAUUCAAGAGCUCCUCUACAUCACUUGCAUCUCGCUCACAAAAAUCUGCUUUCUUCUCUUCUACCUCCGCAUCUUCCCCUCUGAUCGAAUGCGUCAUGUCAUCAAAGCCUCCUGCGUUGUGACAGUCUGCUACGGCCUCACUUUCUUGUUUGCCUUCGCAUUCCAGUGCUCGCCGGUUAGUUUCAAUUGGAAUGGCUGGGCUGGAGAACAUGUAGGAAAGUGUGUGCAGACAAACCCUUUGGUGGUCGCCGCUGCGGCUAUCAACAUUGUACUGGACGUCUAUGUUAUCUCCCUACCUAUUCCCAAAGUACUUAAGCUCCAGGCUUCGAUCACGACGAAGAUUCAAGUCAUAUUCAUGUUCGGAGUCGGGUUCUUGAUCACCGGUGUCAGCAUCUAUCGAACCAUCAUGCUCAAGCUCUUCGCCACCAGUACGAAUCCAACUUGGGACAAUGCCGCCGGCGGCUAUUGGCAGAACAAUUUGGCACAUCUUGGCCAAUCCCGGCGUGGGGGUCAAAUGGCUGUGUUAGCAAUUGCCACAAAGAUUCUUUAUAAUAUUUAUUUACAUCCACUGGCAAAUUUUCCAGGGCCCAAGAUAUACGCAGCAUCAUCCUUUCCCGUGGCCUUGGCCCAGUUGAGUGGAAAAUACCAUCUGUUUACUCAAAAGGCGCAUGACGAAUACGGGACUGUCGUCCGAAUCAGUCCAAAUGAGCUAUCCUUUAUCUCGGCAACCGCAUGGAAUCAUAUCUAUUCCAGACACCAAGGGAAUCCACCUCUUCCCCGAGACAAGACCUUCUUUAAUGAUAUGCUGGUGGAUAAGAAAACCUUAACCAUGGCUGACCCCGAAAAUCACGCACGACUUCGGAAGGCUAUGAACCCGGCAUUUUCACCCCGUGCACUGGCAUCACAAGAACCCAUCUUGCAGCAAAAUGUGGAGCUAUUCCUGAAUAAACUGCAAGGCCAUGCUACCAAUGGUCUACAAUUAGAUCUGAGGCUCUGGUACAAUUAUAUCACUUUCGAUAUGAUCGGCGAUCUUGCUUUCGGGGAAUCAUUCGGCUGUUUGGAUUCAUCCGGAUUUCAUGCAUGGGUUCAGUUCGUGGUGGAUUAUUUUUAUGUGGCCACUUUACUUCAAGUUGUCCACAGAUUUAGCCCUCUCAACAAGCUUCUUACCGCUUUGAUACCACCCUCGCUGAUGGAGCAGAAAAAGAAGCAUGCUGAGCUUACCGCUGAAAAGGUCAACCGACGUAUGAAGCGGAGGACAGAUAGACUGGAUUUUAUUCACCCAUUAAUCGAAGCAAGAGACAACGGCGCAAUUGCGACCGAUGAAAUUGAGCAGCAGGCUAGCAUCUUGAUACUGGCAGGAGGAGAAACAACUUCGAUAGCUUUAACAUCAGCUACCUACCUGCUACUACAGAACCCCGAGAAAAUGGAAAACCUGACCAAGGAGCUACAUACUCAUUUCCAACACGAAAGCGAAAUAGAUGUAUCGUCUAUGAACAAGCUGAUUUAUCUCCAAGCUGUGAUCCAAGAGACCCUCCGAAUGUUCCCCCCGAUUACAAACGGGUUUCCUCGACAAACGAUUAUCGGCGGAGUCCAAAUUGAUGGCCACGUUGUACCUGACCAGACCGUUGUGAAUGUUAGCCACUGGAGUGCCUACCGCAGCGAGCGUAACUUCUCAAGGCCAGCAGAGUUCCUCCCAGAACGGUGGCUUGGAGAAGACCUGCAAUUUGCUACCGACGCGAAGGAAGUCUUUCAGCCUUUCUCAGUCGGGCCGCAAAGCUGCGUAGGAAAGAAAUUUGCUUAUGACAGCAUGAAAAUAAUCCUUGCCCGUACACUGUGGAGGUUCGACAUGAAAUUGGAAUCAACUAGCAAAGAAAAGUAUUCACAACCUCAAGUAUCCUAUGUUUCAUUCCACCAGUCUCCACUCUUGGUGACCCUGGUAGAAAGGGGAGCCUAG